AUGAUGACCCACAGGGAUCAGGGCCGAGAUGGGGGAGGCACAGGCAGAGGCCAGAUGUGCAAGUUCAGGGCUGUAGGAGACCAGAAGGCUGAAAUCGUGGCAGGUCCAGAAACUGACACCCAAUUCCAUUUCACUGGUAUCAAAAAAUAUUUCAACUCUUAUACUCUCACAGGGAGAAUGAAUUGUGUACUGGCCACAUAUAGAGGCAUUGCUUGGAUAGUCUUAUACUUCAAGUUAAGGUCCAAAACAACUCCAGCUGUGAAAGCCACAUAA